AUGCACUUAAUUCAGGUGGAUUCCGUGCAGCGUUGGAUGGAGGACUUGAAGUUGAUGACGGAUUGUGAAUGUAUGUGUAUUCUUCAGUCCAAACCAAUCAGCACAGAGGAGGAUGCACAGAAUGAACUUAUCCUUUCAUCACAACAUAGUGCAUAUGAUAACUUGCAGUUAUUGUUAAAAAGGGCUUGGAUCAUAAGCACAGAGUUGACCAGGAUUGCUCAAAAACUAGAGAAGAACAGAUGGCAAAGAGUUCACAGCAUGACAGUAAGAGUCAAUUGUCACGUACGUUCAAUGAUAAACGAAUACAAUAGCUUCACUAGAAAUUCCUCAGAAGAAAUGCACCAGUUUGAAAAACUUUUAAUUGAAAAAUGUUCAGAAUUUACAGCAGUCACGGAAAGGUGCAUACAAACUGAAGACAAACGGACAUUACAGUCCAUGAAAUCUUGUAUUCAUGAAACAUUAACCACAGUCGCACAGUAUUUCGGCCAGUUGAUAGAAUUGGCCUUAACAUAUGAGAUACAGAAUCUUGUGAGACAAAUAAAUUCAUCAGAUAAUAUAUAUAUCACCGAAUCAUCUACCAGUGGUUUAUUCAGCCUUACCCAAGAGGGUGCUCAAUUGUGCCGCAUCAUAGCUAAGGAAGGAGGUGUUGUUGCUCUCUUUAAGAUCUGCCGCCAGGAUUGUUUCAGGUGCCUUUAUCCCCAGACUCUCAGAACACUGGCAUCUAUAUGCUGUGUGGAGGAAGGGAUUCACCAGCUGGAAAAGGUCGAUGGGAUAUUGUGCUUGGCUGACAUUCUCACAGAUAGUACCCAUUCUGAAGCCACUCGUGCAGAAGCAGCAGCGGUAAUAGCACAAAUCACAUCUCCACAUCUCACUUUCACUCAGCAUCUCAGCAGCUUUCUGGAGAAUAUGGAGGAAAUUGUCACAGCACUUGUCAAAUUGUGCCAAGAGGCCUCAUCUGGUGAAGUUUUCCUUCUGGCUUCAGCAGCACUUGCCAAUAUUACUUUUUUUGACACAAUGGCUUGCGAGAUGUUGCUUCACUUGAAUGCAAUGAAAAUUCUUCUAGCAGCUUGCGCUGACAAGCAGAUAGUGGAUACUCCAUAUUCUCGAGAUCAGGUUGUGACAAUAUUAGCAAACAUGUCUGUGCUGGACCAGUGUGCUUCAGAAAUAAUUCAAGGAAAUGGUGUUCAGCUUUUAAUGGAAAUGCUCUUUGAGAGAUCAUCUUCUGGGAAUUCAGCAGAAGUCACUGCUUGUGAGCGAGUUCAGCAGAAAUCUGCCGUUACUCUGGCACGGCUCAGCCGAGAUCCUGAAGUGGCACAUGCAGCCAUAAAACUCAGCUGUAUUCCUCGCCUUAUAGAACUCUGCAGAUCACCCACUGAAAGAAAUAACAGUGAUUCUGUUCUAGUGGCUUGUCUGGCAGCAUUACGAAGACUAGCAGUUAUGAGUCCUGAUGGCCUUGAGGAUUCAGAUUUCCAGCAGUUGGUAAAGCCUAGACUUGUGGAUUCCUUUUUGCUGUGCACAAAUAUGGAAGAGAGCUUUGUAUAAAUGACUAAGUGUAGCCUCCAAAGCAAUGGAAAUAACACAUGCAGAAUGAUGUAGUUCUAACAAUAUUAUUUUUAUGAUUAAUUUAUUUUAAAACUAAGGUCUGGUAUGUAGAGAAAAAGAAACAGAAAAAGCAAUCUUGUAUCAGUGGUUUGAGCAAGUAAUCAACUCCCCCCCCCCC